CCCACAUUUCUGUAUAUGUGUCUGCGCGCGAAUGUGUGCACACGCUCGCACACCGACACACUCGUAUCACAACACACACAUAUAUACACACGAGCACGCGCGUACACACACAUACACACACACGCGCGCGCGCACGCACGCACGCACACACAAAACCACAAAAAUCUUAUACACAGUCACACGCGUGUGUCGUUGCGAGAACGCGUGUACCCGCGCAAAAACACGCAAAACGCACAAAAAACGCGAACUGUGAGCAAGUGUCAGCAACCCGGAAGAUCGCCGGGCGUGUGACUAACGUGUGACAUUCAAAUGAUAGGAAGCUUGUGAACAGCGAAAAAUAGGCUGCUAGUGAACAAAGUGCCAAGUUCGGGAUUCAUCCCCGAUUCUUUUGAAUCGAAGCCAGACGAGGAUAAUCGAUAAGCUACUUGAGGGACAAGGGCUUUAUUGUUCGAAUCGAUUGGCUAGGUGCAAGUUGGUACGUCGAUCUGCUUUUCAAGAGACUCUGCGUCUCGUAAGCAGAGCUAGAAAUUGCUCGAUAUCGAGGUCGAUACGCAGAAGUGGGGUCUCGAGUGAAGCGAGGUGGCUAUAAUUUAAUUUACAAACGCGGCGUCGCUCUCGUCGGUGAACAGAAAUGGCGUCAGCGGCAGCAGAGUUGGUCGUGGAGCGGGAGCCGGAACCGAGAAUCGAGAUGACGGACACGAAUCGGACGUUCGUAGGCGCCCAGGGGCUGGUCAGAAUGGCCCUUGACCAAUACACAGAAAUCCUUACCACGGUCUCGGAUCCUCGAGUCAGCGACUGGCCGUUAAUGGAUUCGCCGAUACCAACAUUUUUGAUCGUCCUUCUUUAUUUAUAUGGAGUGGCGAUAUUCGGUCCACGGGUGAUGGCUAACAAGAAACCGUUCAAACUCAGAGGAACUUUGGUAGCGUACAACGCGUUUCAAGUUGUCUUCUCGUUAGGCAUGCUGUACGAGCACCUGAUGUCUGGUUGGUUGUUAGACUACAGUUACAAGUGUCAACCAGUGGACUACUCCCACAAUCCGUCCGCGCUGCGAAUGGCGAACCUAUGUUGGUGGUAUUUCAUCAGCAAAUUCACAGAAUUCGCUGACACGAUAUUUUUCGUUCUGCGAAAGAAAGACAGUCAAGUGACGUUCUUACACCUGUAUCAUCACUCUUUAACACCUUUGGAGACAUGGAUCUGUGUGAAAUUCAUUGCUGGAGGACACGGUACUUUGGGAAACCUUAUAAAUAACGCGGUACACGUAAUAAUGUACAUGUACUAUAUGGUGUCUGCAAUGGGACCGGAAUACCACAAAUAUUUAUGGUGGAAGAAGCACCUCACUACCGUGCAGUUGGUACAGUUCUUCUUAGUGUUCGUGCACAGCGCUCAAGCUUUGGUCUUCGAUUGCGGCUAUCCUAAGCUGGUGGCGGCGCUUCUUUUGCUUCAUUCAACGAUCUUCUUCGUCCUCUUCUCCGAUUUUUACCGGCAAGCAUAUAAUAAGGACAGACCGAAGAAAGAGCUAAAGGACGAAUAAAUGAAGAACAUUAUCGCGCUUUAUCCCAAAUUUGCCUCCGAUACGCUCCAACGCGUCGACCUCUCGGUCGCGCAUGCACGAUCAAAAAUCACGAGUCAGUUAAAAAAAAGGAAAGAAGCAUUUACAAAAUUGUAUUACACUAUCGUAUAGUGAAAUUCGUUCUCGUAUACUAGUAAAACCGUGUCAAAAGGUAGUGUCAUGUUAGUAAAUCGUAUGAUACAGAUUACAUAGAAAGAAUUUAAUUAAAUUCGUGAGUUCGAUCGUCUGUUCGUCUGAUCGUUGGAGUGGAGCUUACAGCUUU